AUGGCCCAGAACCUGAAUGUCACUCCGGACGUACAGAUCGAGCCGCUAAGACUGGCUCUCGAUCCUGACGCUCUGUUUGUCCCCACUGAUUGCUCAUAUCCUGUCGGGUGUUCCGAGCGUCGUCCGACGAUGCCCGAGUCCCCCGACGUGGCUCGACACGCUUUGCCUAUACAACCCCACGACCAUCCUAUGGCGAUACCUCGCAUCGUGGAACGCCGCGUGAGGCACCGCCAUCGUUGGGACGCGGCGGACAUGGCCGCCACAAAUGCGCUGUUUUGGACGUCACACGGCUUUGACGGCUCCGAAGACAUGAUGAGGCAGAGUCGAAGUUUCUGUACGCGCAUCCCACAUCACCAUCGCACGGAAAUCUUGUCAAUCGAUUCCAUUAAGACUGUCAUCAUCACCCUACAAGGUAUCCAGGCCCUCGUUGUUUUAGUUCGCGGCAUCUUGGCUUUAGCGAACAUUGGGAAUCAGCCAUACAACGCAACAAUCUCCAUGAGCACGAUUUUUUACCCUCUUGCGGUCAUCGGUCUCCUUCGUCUGUUCGCUGCCCCCUGGCUGACCGAGAGUUACACCUAUAAUGAGCACGAAACCUAUGAGAACAGGGGUAUAUUGGCACAGCAGAUCAUGCACACCCCGUCUUCAGAUGGCCCCUCCUAUACAGCCGUGCACAGCAGCCCGGACGCUAAAAAUGUCACGUCCUCCAAUGCGUCACUCUUACCCACAAGCUCCAUGGCCAUCGGUGACCCGUCGCCCGAUGCUUAUGUGUCUCCCAGUAAAUUUUGUCUUCCCACUCAGGCCGUUGUUGUAAUCGUCCGUUGCUGCUAUGUUGGCCUCCUCUGUGCCAUUCUGGCCAUCUGUGUGUGCUAUAUGAUCCCUUAUCAGGGGGUGAAUCAGCUACUGACGCAGCCACCGUCUGCGUCAGUCCUUUGGCUGCUCCCCAUCAUGUAUAUUGUGUUCAUCCUGGUAUCGAUCAUCCUCUUCAUCAUUUACCUCAUUCGGUGCGGCCGGGAGACAACAACCGUCAUCCCAUGCCUUCGUACGUGGUGGUAUCGGGCAUACACCCUCCUCCUCAUCGCAGCAGCAAUUGCCUUGAUUGUCCUGUCCGGGGUCUACACACGGCGGACAUCCUGCGGGCAGCUGACGCUUUUUCCCGCCGAGUUUGACCAGGAGGUGUGCAAUGGGACACCGAUGCAAGUGGACAAGGGGAUGGGGCCGUUUGGUAUUGUUACUCAAGCGCCAGGUCUCACACCAGAGACCUGGGUCUUACCACUGAAAGGGUGGUGCUCUGGAACCUUGACCGGGGAGAUUUUCCCCGUCGAAUCUGUGUCCUGA